AUGGUUCCACCAAGUGCGGAGUAUCAGCCCAUGAAGGCUUCCACCGAUGGUGAACUAAUUGAACGGGUAUUGGAUUGUUAUUAUCUCAACCGAAAUCCUAAUACUAGAGUCUUGAUAACUAUCGCUGGAGGCCCUGGAUCUGGGAAAACCACGAUCACUUCCGCUUUAUUGAAAGGGAUAAGCUCCAGGUUCGGACCUGAUUUCGCAGUUGUGAUAUCCCAGGAUGGUUUUCAUUACUCACGAUCAGAGCUCGCUCUACUAUUUGACUACCACGAAGCCAUGAGAAGACGUGGGGCUCCUUAUACCUUCAACUCCCAAAAGCUGGUGGAGUUGGUUAAGCAACUGAAAUGCGAUAGAUCCAAACCUAUACAUGCCCCCACUUUCGACCACAAAGACAAAGACCCCGUUGAAGACUCGCUGAUUGUGAACCCAAGCUGCGAAAUCGUGCUUCUGGAAGGAAACUACCUUCACUUAGAGGAACAACCUUGGAGCGAGAUAGCAACGCUAUCGGAUGAAAAGUGGUUGGUGUACACUGACCCCCUUCAGGUUAGACAGAGACUUAUAAAGCGCCAUAUCGAAGCAGGAAUAACAGACAAAUUGGAGGAUGCUGUCAAGAGAGUAGACUCCAAUGAUAUGGUGAACGGGGAUUAUAUACUGAGUCAUUCAUUGAAGCCUGACUUAAUCAUUGAGAGGUGA